CGUCCUCUAUAUAAAUGAAUAGAGAGAUCAGACCACACACAAACCCUCAUAUGAUCUUCAAUCAAAUUAAAAUGGCUUGUUGCUCCGAAACUAGCAAGCCUGCCUUCUUGGCUUCUCUACUCCUUUUCGCACUCUUCACGGCAAAUCUUCGCAUCACAGAUGCUCAGAUCGGAGUGUGCUAUGGCAUGAUGGGCAACAACCUGCCAUCGAAACGCGAAGUGGUGGAUCUUUACAGAGCCAACAACAUCAGGCGAAUGAGACUCUACGAUCCCAACCAAGAAGCUCUUGAAGCUCUUCGAAACUCCGGCAUCGAGCUCAUGCUCGGCGUCCCAAACUCCGACCUACAGAACCUAGCAGCCAGCCGCGCCAACGCCGAGCAGUGGGCUCAACGCUACGUCUUCAACUACUACCCCUCCGUCAACAUCAAAUACAUCGCCGUUGGCAACGAAGUGAGCCCCGUCGGAGGCUCCUCUUGGGCGGCCCAGUACGUCCUUCCGGCCAUCCAGAACGUGUACCAAUCCAUAAGGGGGAGAGGCCUUCACGACCGAAUCAAGGUGUCCACCGCCAUUGACACGACCCUCAUCGGGACGUCAUUCCCUCCGUCCAAGGGUAGCUUCCGAAACGACGUCAGAUCAUACUUGGACCCUAUCAUCGGCUACUUGGUCUACGCAAACGCACCGUUGCUUGCUAAUAUAUACCCUUACUUCAGCUAUUCCGGCAACCCACGUGACAUAUCUCUGCAAUAUGCUCUGUUCACUUCUCCGAACGUGGUGGUGUGGGAUGGCUCGAGAGGGUACCAGAGCCUGUUCGAUGCCAUGCUGGAUUCGGUUCAUGCGGCUUUGGACAGUACGAGGAUUGGGUAUGUGAGGGUGGUGGUGUCGGAGAGUGGGUGGCCUUCUGAUGGGGCGUUUGGGGCUACUUACGACAAUGCGAAGAAUUACCUGGACAAUCUGAUUCGUCACGUUAAUAAAGGUACGCCCAUGAGGCCGGGACCUGUGGAGACGUAUAUUUUUGCGAUGUUCGAUGAGAACCAGAAGAGCCCAGAACUGGAAAAACACUUUGGGCUGUUCUCUCCUAACAAACAGAAGAAGUAUCCCUUUGGAUUUGGGGAACGCAGAAACUGGGAGAUCGGUGCUGAUCAUGACGAGCUUAACAAUGUCACUGUUGCUCUCAAGAGUGAUAUUUAAGGUUUUGAUCAUGUGAGUGCUCGUUAGUGAUCUUAUCGUGUGGUUUCGUGUACGAAUAAUCAUGUGGAAAUCUCAGCUCAGCUGAUCUUCAAUUCCCAUGCAUGUUAUUACAGCAACAGCUCGAGUACCCCUAAUAAAAGAAAAUGGAAAAAAUUAAUGCA